AUGGAUCCCACAAUCAUCCUCAACACCUUGACUGGCAUCGAUGACAGCAUUCUGGCCACGGUUCUGGCGCAGCUCAUGCAAAGUAAGCCAGAGCUUGCCCCAGGACUGGUCAAUGUUUGCGUUCCGGACUUGACCUUUGCCCCCAGCAAAGCGCUGACAGAGAAGCGCUGCAUAGGCACCAUAGGUAAUCUGAACCCAGCGAUGGGUAUGGGCUUCAUCAACUGCCCUGAGCUCAGCGCGGUCUUCGGCUGCGAUGUGAUGGUGAAGGCACUUCAGCUAGGCAACUUCGUCGAGGGACAAGAGGUCAACUUCGCUGUGACCUUGAACGAGGAAAACAAGCCUCAGGCCUUCGACCUGGCAGACAACAAGACCGGUUUGAAUGGUGUCCCGCCGCUGGGCUGUGGCAUGGGUUGUGGAGGAAUGCCUUCAAUGGGAGACAUGGGCUGUGGUGGGAUGGGCUGUGGGAUGGGUGGCUGCGGCUGUGGUGGCUGCGGCGGUUGUGGCUGCGGAGGUUGCGGCUGCGGCGGUGGCUGUGGCUGCGGCGGCUGCGGCUGCGGCGGUGGGUGUGGCUGCGGUUGUGGCUGCGGAGGCUGCGGCUGCGAUGGCAUGGGCGGGGACAUGAUGGGCAUGAUGGGUGGAAUGAUGGGAGGUCCCGGACCCAAAGGUGGUGGAAAAGCCAACGAGGAGGUCCUGGGAGAGUUCUACGGGAUCAUUAAAAGCUACAACCCAGAGAAAGGCUUCGGCUUCAUCGCGUGCGAUGCGCUCAAGCAGCAGCACGAGGGCGAUGUCUAUCUUAAUAGCAGGCAUGUGGGCGACUUCAAAGUCGGCCAGGAGGUGAAGUUCCAAGCUUUCCUGCACAAUGGCCGGCUACAAGGCCGCGAACUGCAGGAUGCCACUGGGCUGGUGGGUCCUCAGAGUGGCGCAGCCCCUGGCUUCGCUGAAGAGCAGGAGCUCGGCAUCUUCACCGGGAGGAUCAAGAACUUUCAUCAGGACAAAGGCUUCGGCUUCAUCGUCUGCGAAGCGCUGAACAUGCAGGGCUUCCAGGGCGAUGUCUUCCUGCAUCAGAGGCACAAGGGGGAAUUCAGGGAAGGCGACUUCGUUGCGUUCAUGGCCGUGCUCCGAAAUGGAAAGCUCCAAGCCAAGGACCUCGAGCAAGCCCCGCCCGGCAAUGACGGAUGCAUGGGCGGAGGCAUGGGUGCAGGCCCAAUGGGGUGUCCUUGCAUGGGAGGCCCAGGCCCAAUGGGCCCCAUGGGAGGGCCCUGCAUGGGCGGUCCUAUGGGCGGCCCCAUGGGCCCCAUGGGCAUGGGUGGCCCCAUGAACGGCCCCAUGGGCUGUAUGGGUGGGCCCAUGGGUUGCGGCAAAGGCUGCGGCAAGGGCUUCGGGGACAAGGGCAAAAACGCCGGUCGACCUGGCCCCUACUGA